GGUUGUCAAGACUUUGGACCAAGCCCAUAAUAUGUCCUCUAUCAAUCUGAGCGUGUGUAAUAAUGGGGCUGUGAUUGGUCAGUCUGCGCGUGGUUGUACUAGCACAGAAUGGGGAAAGUAUGAUGAGCGCCUGAUGAAGGCAGCAGAGAAUGGAGAUAUAGAGAAACUCACAGCCACACUCAAGAAAGGAACCAGCCCCACUAAACUAGACCCAGAGGGCCAUUCUGCGUUUCAUGUUGCUGCUAGCAAAGGCCUCUUAAAUAGUCUAAAUGUUUUCCUGGAGAACGGUGUCAAUGUGAAGGCUGUAGAUGCUGCCGGUAAAACAGCUUUGCAUCUGGCUGCAGCAGGCGGUCAUUCCAUGUGUGUGCAAAAGCUACUGCAGUGUAAAUGUCCUGUUGACAGCACAGACCUGCAGGGUCGAACAGCUUUGCAUGAUGCAGCAUAUGUAGGCUGCAAAACCGCCAUCAAAAUGCUCUGUGACAGCGGUGCAUCUAUUGAUGCUGUCGAUGCAGAUGAUAGAUCGCCCUUAUUGCUUGCUGCGAAGAUGAGCCAACCAGGAGCAUGCCAGAUGCUUGUGCAAUUUGGAGCACGCUCUGUUCUUCGAGACAAGCAAAACAAGACUGCGCUAAUCUUAGCUUGUGAGAGCUCUUGUAAAGAAGCAGUGGAUGUUCUCCUGAAGACUAAGGCAGAUGUUUCUGCAGUAGACAUUUAUGGCCAUGAUGCUUACCACUACGCCAGACUAAGUCAGAAACCAGACUUGAUCACACUUGUACAACAUGCCUUGGAAAAAAACACUAAAGAAAGGAAGUGCAAAAUGGUGGUCUUGUUAUCCUUACAUGUAGCAAUUACUGAACUUGCUCUUGCAGGCGGCAGCUAAAGAAACUGCCACCGUUUCACAGAA